ACACACCGUCACAGAGGGUGCAAUUCAUCCUUGGGACUGAGGACGAUGAUGAGGAGCAUAUUCCCCACGACCUCUUCACAGAGAUGGAUGAGCUCUGCUACAGAGAUGGAGAAGAGUAUGAAUGGAAGGAGACUGCCAGGUGGCUGAAAUUUGAAGAGGAUGUUGAAGAUGGUGGUGACCGAUGGAGUAAACCCUAUGUGGCAACUCUCUCCUUGCACAGUCUCUUUGAAUUGAGAAGUUGUAUCCUAAAUGGAACAGUCAUGCUGGAUAUGAGAGCAAGCACUCUUGAUGAAAUAGCAGAUAUGGUGUUAGACAACAUGAUAGCCUCUGGCCAGUUAGAUGACUCCAUAAGGGAAAAUGUCCGAGAAGCUCUCCUGAAGAGACAUCAUCAUCAAAAUGAGAAAAGAUUCACCAGUCGGAUUCCCCUGGUUCGAUCUUUUGCAGAUAUAGGCAAGAAACAUUCUGACCCUCACUUGCUUGAAAGGAAUGGCGAAGGCCUGUCAGCCUCCCGCCACUCCUUGCGAACAGGUCUGUCUGCCUCAAAUCUUUCCUUGAGAGGAGAAUCGCCUUUAUCUCUUCUUCUCAGUCAUCUUCUUCCUUCUUCGAGAGCUGGAACCCCUGCAGGCUCGAGGUGUACCACCCCAGUGCCCACUCCCCAGAGCAGUCCUCCUUCCAGCCCUGGCUUAAGUCGCCUGGCCUCCAGAAGUUCCCAACAGAGUCAGCCUCAGGCCCCAGAGCUACUGGUGUCACCCAACAGGGAUGAUAUUCCCAGAGUAGUAAUUCAUCCGCCUGAGGAAGACAUAGAAGCACUCAAAGGCCAAGAGCAGAAGACUGAGGAAAAUGUUGACUUCACUCCAGGCAACUGUGCAGAGUUCUCCACAUGUGGGAUUUUGGCUUCUCCACAGUCUGCUCCUGGGAACUUGGACAAUAGUAAAAGUGGUGAAAUGAAAGGUAAUGGAAGUGGAGGAAGCCGAGAAAAUAGUACUGUUGACUUUAGCAAGGUUGACAUGAAUUUCAUGAGGAAAAUUCCCACAGGAGCUGAGGCUUCCAAUGUUUUGGUAGGAGAAGUGGACUUUUUGGAGAGACCUAUCAUUGCAUUUGUGAGACUGGCUCCUGCAGUUCUCCUUUCCGGGUUGACAGAGGUCCCUGUGCCCACUAGGUUUUUGUUUCUGUUACUGGGCCCAGCAGGGAAGGCCUCACAAUACCAUGAAAUUGGCAGAUCCAUAGCCACUCUCAUGACUGAUGAGAUUUUUCAUGAUGUAGCUUAUAAAGCAAAAGAUCGAAAUGACCUCUUAUCUGGAAUUGAUGAAUUUUUAGAUCAAGUAACUGUCCUUCCUCCAGGAGAGUGGGAUCCUUCCAUACGCAUAGAACCACCAAAAAGUGUUCCUUCUCAGGAAAAGAGGAAGAUUCCUGUGUUUCCUAAUGGAUCUGCUCCUGUGUCUACUGAGCCUCCUAACGAGGCUGCUCAUCAUGCUGGGCCUGAGCUGCAGAGGACUGGACGGCUUUUUGGUGGUUUGAUACUUGACAUCAAAAGGAAAGCACCUUUUUUCUUGAGUGACUUCAAGGAUGCAUUAAGUCUGCAGUGCCUGGCCUCGAUUCUUUUCCUAUACUGUGCCUGUAUGUCUCCUGUAAUCACUUUUGGAGGGCUGCUUGGAGAAGCUACAGAAGGCAGAAUAAGUGCAAUAGAGUCUCUUUUUGGAGCAUCAUUAACUGGGAUUGCCUAUUCAUUGUUUGCUGGGCAACCUCUAACAAUACUGGGGAGCACAGGUCCAGUCCUAGUGUUUGAAAAGAUUUUAUUUAAAUUCUGUAGAGAUUAUCAGCUUUCCUAUCUAUCAUUAAGAACCAGUAUUGGUCUGUGGACUUCUUUCUUGUGCAUUGUAUUGGUUGCAACAGAUGCAAGCAGCCUUGUGUGUUACAUUACUCGGUUUACAGAAGAAGCUUUUGCGGCUCUCAUUUGUAUCAUAUUCAUCUAUGAAGCUUUGGAGAAACUCUUUCAUUUAGGGGAAAUAUAUGCAUUUAAUAUGCACAACAACUUGGAUGAACUGACUAGUUACACAUGUAUAUGUGCUGAGCCGUCUAACCCUAGCAAUGAAACUAUAGAACUGUGGAAAAGAAAGAAUGUGACAGCAGACAGUAUUCUCUGGGGAAACCUCACUGUAUCCGAGUGUAAGGCCUUCCAUGGAAUGUUUGUGGGAUCAGCCUGUGGUCCUCAUGGGCCUUAUGUUCCUGAUGUGCUCUUCUGGUGUGUUGUCCUUUUUUUCACGACGUUCUUUCUGUCUUCAUUUCUCAAGCAGUUCAAGACCAAGCGUUAUUUUCCUACCAAGGUACGAUCAACAAUCAGUGACUUUGCUGUGUUUCUCACAAUAGUAAUAAUGGUUGCAAUUGACUACCUUGUAGGAAUUCCAUCUCCUAAACUUAACGUUCCUGAAAAGUUUGAGCCUACUGAUCCAAGUAGGGGCUGGAUCAUAAGCCCCCUGGGAGAUAACCCUUGGUGGACAUUACUAAUUGCAGCUGUUCCAGCUCUCCUUUGUACCAUUCUCAUCUUUAUGGAUCAACAGAUUACAGCUGUAAUCAUCAAUAGAAAAGAACACAAACUCAAGAAAGGAGCUGGCUAUCACCUUGACUUGCUCAUGGUUGGUGUCAUGUUGGGAGUCUGCUCUAUCAUGGGCCUGCCAUGGUUUGUGGCUGCGACAGUGUUGUCUAUAAGUCAUGUCAACAGCUUAAAAGUAGAGUCCGAAUGUUCUGCUCCAGGGGAACAGCCCAAGUUUCUGGGGAUUCGUGAACAGCGGGUUACAGGGCUGAUGAUUUUUAUCCUGAUGGGCCUCUCUGUGUUCAUGACUUCAGUUCUAAAGUUUAUCCCAAUGCCAGUUCUAUAUGGUGUUUUCCUUUAUAUGGGAGUUUCAUCAUUGAAAGGAAUUCAGUUUUUUGACCGUAUCAAACUAUUUGGAAUGCCUGCCAAGCACCAGCCAGACCUGAUCUACCUCCGCUAUGUCCCUCUGUGGAAGGUGCACGUGUUCACUGUCAUCCAGCUGACCUGCCUCGUCCUACUGUGGGUAAUCAAAGCCUCUGCUGCUGCAGUAGUUUUCCCCAUGAUGGUUCUUGCACUAGUCUUUGUGCGUAAGCUUAUGGAUCUGUGUUUCACAAAGAGAGAACUCAGUUGGCUUGAUGAUCUCAUGCCAGAAAGUAAGAAAAAGAAAGAAGAUGACAAAAAGAAAAAAGAAAAAGAGGAAGCUGAGCGAAUGCUUCAGGAUGAUGGGGAUACUGUGCACCUUCCAUUCGAAAGAGGAAGUCUCCUAAAGUACAGUAUUGACCCUUCAGUUGUUAACAUAUCAGAUGAAAUGGCCAAAACUGCCCAGUGGAAGGCACUUUCCAUGAAUACUGAGAAUGCCAAAGUAACCAGACCUAACACGAGCCCUGAAAAGCCUGUGAGUGUGACAAUAAAUUUCGAAGAUGAACCAUCAAAAAAAUACAUGGAUGCCGAGACUUCAUUGUAAAGUCAAACCAAAAGGAAUAUAUAGAGAUAUAUGCCUGUCUGUCUGUGUGUAUAUAUGUAUAUAUAUACAUAUGUAUGUAUAUGUAUAUAUAUAUAUACACAUGCACACAUAUAUAUGUAUAUGUAUAUAUAUAAUGCACAUGUGCCAUGCUAUUGUGUAUAACAGUACUGCAUGUCACGCCGUUUUUGCGUGACAGUGGGGCUCUUUGAAGCAGCAUCUGAUGUUUGUUGUGAGCACCAUGGAGACUGUAUUGAUGAAAUGGUCUCUUAGAAGCGAGGUACAUGGUUUUUACUCUUCAGAUAUUUAUUUUCUUGGGGGUAAAGCCUUUCUGUUAUGCAAUAGAAAUAUGUGGAAAACUGUAUUCAAUCUGAUUUUCUUAAAUCUCUUUGUCAGUGGCAAUCAUAUCAAUCUUAAGUAAUACAUACUUAGAUUAUAUAUUUAUAAUUUUGACCUGAAUUUUGAAAGAUUAUUAUUUCCCUUUUGGUAGUGUUUUAUAGGUAGAAUAAGGAGUCUGCCCUUGUUGUGGGAAAAUGACAUGUGUCCUGGCUUCUCUUUGAGCUUCCUUCAUGUAGCUGUCCAUCAUAUUUCGCAGGUGAUGAACAUAGAGGUGAUUAUAAAUUACUGGAGACUUUCUAGGUAGGAACGUUAUGUCUUAGGAGUUACUUUUAAAGUUUAAAACUUAUCUGGGCUUCCAUUCUGAUGGACAAAUAAACAAAAUAUAUGUGACUUCUAAUUUAACACCCACACCAUUCAUAAUGUUUUGAGUUUUAGAAGCUAUAAAGUUCCCAUUUGUAGUAGUUAAAUUUUGUUACCUUUGUAGCAAGGCUUUUCCAGUAUUCAUACUUUUCUAGAAACCCAGAGUCCCACUGUUCCCUGUCUUUGCUGUCUUUUACUUAAAGGGGUCUAGUGACAUCAGGUUCAGAUAUCUUUCUGUUGUAAGUAGUAAUAAAGAGUCAGCAUCCUUUUAAAUGGGCGUGUAAUCAGUGACCCUUUAUGAGAAUUACCUUUCAUUAUCUGUUGUUAUUCUUUCUAUUGUAUGCAAUAUAUUUAAUAGGUUAGUAGCCACAAUUUCCUUUUAAGAUAUUUUAUUUAUUCUAAUUGAUGUGAUACUUGCAUAUUAUAUAAAUAUUUGAGACAGUAACAAAUACAGAGUCAAUUGUUCCUAUUGUAGGUAUCUGGUGCUCACUUGCAUUCUAUUCUGUUUAUUACCUGAAAUCAGUGACUAACUUACAUCUUGGAUAUAAAGCACUGCCAUAUUUACAUUUUAAAAGGAAGUUGGAAGUAUUUUCUGUGCAGUUCAGAUCUAUGGCAUUGUUCCUGUUCUAUGAUGGCAUUGGGGUUCCAGUGUUUCUGACCUGCCUUUUAAACAUGUAGCAAAUUGUCAUCUUUUAUAUACUCUUAGCUCCCCACAGAAUAAAUAAAUACUGUUUCAGCCUGUGGGAUGAAAUGAUUGGGGCUAUGAAAAUGAUAGGACAGGAGGAUAAAUAAUACACAGAAACAGUGAGAAGACCCAGGAUCACUGAAGGGGAUGAGGACAUGAAAAUUAGGACAAAUGUUUUAAGGAAAUUCUGAUGUUCCCUAGUCAUUUCAUACAAAAAUAUGAAGAAAUGAAUAGAAUUGCCCAAAGCAAAUAUUUCUAGCAAGUAGUUUCAAUUCAUUCUAAACUAUGUAUCAUUUAGUAUAAUUCUCUCAUCAGAAAUCACAUGUUGGAUUCUAGUUAAAAUAGUAGCUCGCACCAUCUGGUACUAUCUGAGGAGUUCUGUUGGACUCCCUUAAUCUAUGAUGGGGAGUGUUGCCAUGGUGCUUGUGGUCAUUAGUGACCUCCAUUUUAGUGAUUUCCUCUUCACUCAGCAGUGUAGUGAUUUCCAAAGUCCCCAUUUGCUGCUAAUUAUAACCCCCCUGAUGUGCCCAAACAAGAAAAUUUCCUCAUAUCAUUUCCUUUGUCUGGACAUCAAAGCGUUAAUUUAUUUUACAGGAAGUGAUUUUAAAAUUUAAACUGAAACUACCUGGUAUCAUAAUCUUCCUGUGAUUUAUAUAAUUUUAUAUGUAUACAUAAACAUGUAUGUGUAUGUAUAUAUUAUCUAGUGCCAGGAAGAAAAAAAAUGACAUAAAAAAAUCCUUUGCAUCUAAGUGUUUCACUGUGGUUUUGGUUAUUAAUGGCUUCUCCUUUCUUUUGACUACUUGACUUACAAAGUGAUCUGAUAUGACUACUCCUCUGAAGAGCAGAGGGAAUUAACUGCUUCUUUCAGAUGGUUACAUUACACAUGCUAUUUUUGGAAAUAACAAUCAUGAAUAACACUCAUUGCAAGACAGCAAGAGAGAUAAUUUACUAUAUAUAUUGAUUCUUAAAUGCUGCCUUAAAUAGGUGUAUAUGAGCAGUAGUAAUUGCUGUGUACUGAUUUACCUCAAGGUGCAAAAUAAUUAAACUUGUACAUAUCCAUUCACAAAAUAAAUUCAGAGAAAAGUCCUGCACUUUCUUAGAUGCCUUGAUUUUCAUAGUAGAGCUUAGUGCUACUGAACACCAUGGCCAUGGAGCCACCUCAGGAUACUCUUCCCUCCACCAUAUUUUAUUUAUUUAUAGAUGUGUGUUUACAGAGACUAUAAUAAAUCCUGGUGUUACCUAUCUGAAAUUUACUUCCUUUUUAUUGCUGUUUCAAUCUAAAGUAGGAGCUUUUGAGAAAACAGUCAACUAGCUUCAUGAUGCUAAAGGGGUGAUUCUAUAUAUAUAUAUAUACAUAUAUAUUUUAAUAAUAGAUAUGCAAAAGUGAAGUCCAAGGUCUUUAAACAUUGUGUGAGUUUUCGUGUAUGUGUAUGAAAACACUCUUAACUCUCAACUUUUUUUAAACUUGUGGCGUACAUACCAAUGUUCAGACUUGCCAAGCUUUCUAUAAGACAUGUAGGAUGAAAUGUUUUUUGUGUGCUAAUGCAUGUAUUUAUAAUGAUUUGUUUACUGCUGAGAAUCACUAUCUCUUGUUUCUCCAUUCCCCAAAGUGUUUGUUUCUUCCAUACACUGAAAGUUGUGGCCUGAGUAUAUAAGCGUUCUGGCUUUCCUUUUACAAAGGCAGGUUCACAGUUCUGCAGAAAGAAUGGUCUCUGACAGUGCGGUGUCACACCAGAGCUUCCUGUUUUAAAUUUCAUGAGUUUGCCAGUUCAGCAGCUCAGAAUCUGCGUUCCCAUGAAAGGCUCUGGUUGCCAUACCUGAGCCAUCAGUACAUCGUUUUAAUUCAGCUGUGUUUAAUGUCUGAAAUUUAUUCAUGUAGGUUUCAACAUUCGUUUCAUUUGUAGUGCAAACAUGUGAACUGUCUUUGUUUAGUCCAACAAUUAUUUAUUUUUAGAAAGUAAAUUUAAAGACUAAACUAUGCUCAAAUUUUCAAAUCACAAGAUCUGAUCAUUUUAAUUGUAAGGUCUCUUUUAACUUUCUGGAAAGUAAAUUUUCAAAUAAAAUCAUGUAAAGAGUAUUUUAAAUUUUUAACCUAUACUUAGAGUUUAAGCCCCAGUUCUGUGGUUUUUAAUCAUAUUUUUUGCACAUUGAUUGCUUCUGUGUAGCUUUUCUUUUUGUUCCUUUGUUUAUUCUAAAUUUUUGGCUUUGUAGGGGUAAGGUGUCUUCCAUUGUUUACUAUAUUAGGCUUAAAUUAAAAUUAAGAUUUAUUGUCCGUUUAUAUAAUAUUUGAUACCUUGGUGUGAUUUCCCAAUACAGUUACAAUUUUUUAUGGUGUUUAUAAUUGCAAUGGUAUUUUCUUUUGUAAUAAAAUCCAAAGUCAAUUAAACAAAUUGUAGACUUGAUAUUUUUCAUUUACCUGAAGUACAAGUCUCAUCCAGAGUCUAUAAUGUGAACCUUCCUGCCUUUCACAUUUGUUUCCUAAUUAUUAGAGAAAACUAUUUUUUAUAGAUGUUAUUGAAAGUUGAAAGAGCAAUAAAAGUCUACAUAGCA